UUUUGACGUGCAACAUUUUAAUUUUUAAGGUUUUAAUCAACUAAACUAUGUCGAUUAGAUAUUUUCUAAUGAGUUUUCGAGCAUGCCGUCAGCCAAUAAUAUAUGUAUGAAGUAAGGGAUAUUCAAUUUAAAUAGGUUUUAUUAUACGUCAAUGAUUUGCUAAUAAGUUUUGAUGUGCAAUAUAUUUUAAUUUUUAAGGUUUGAUUUAAUCAAACUAAACUACAUUGAUUAGACAUUUUCUAUUUCCUAAAAAAAAAAAAAAAAAAAAUUCCUAACCUAUAUGGGGUUUCGAGCAUGCCAUCAGUCAUAUCACUUUUCCCACAUCAUCAUAAGCCAUUUUUUUUCUUUCCAUUUUUUGAAUUAAAAAUUGAUGACACUUCAAGAUGACAAGUUCAUCCUCAAAUCAUUUGACCCCACAUCAAACUAAUUUUUUUUUUUUUAAGAAAAUCAAAUUAAAACUUAUACUUCAAAGCUUACUACUACUUUGAUUUCGUCUGUAUAUUUAUUGUAUUAAUUAAUUAAAAUUUUAUAUAUUUAUUAAAUUUCCCUAUUUUCUGCCAUUAAUUCUCCUAAGUUGAUGGUUGAUUUUCAGUCGACUAAUUCAUAGUGAAGAACAGGGCGAAAAGGUCUGGUUUUAAUUUUUUGUUUUUUUCCCACAAAUUUUUUAAUACAUUUCUUGGGUUAUGUUCAAUUUAAAGACCUUCCUUCUGAAAUCUUCAAUUUGGGAUUUUUUUGUUGACCUAAUUUUUAUACCCAAAACUUCAUUGAUUUGAAUCAAAAUUAAUGAAAUUAUGCCCAUUUGACAAAAAUUUCAAUUUUUUUGAGCAAAUUUACAACAACCCCAUCUUCUCUUUAUAUCUUAUAGAUGGAGAAAGAGAGGAAUAACUCAACCCCACUUCUUCUCCCACCCAAAAGUGGGACCCACCAUCAAAAUCAUCCUCCCAAAGGUAAACAAGAACAAGCAGAAGGGAUUAAUGAUAAAAAUGUUGUUGUUGAUGUAGAUGGUGAAGAAGUUGAUACCCAACUUGAUGAAACCCUAAAAAAGUUUGAAUUUUUUCUGAGAUUUCUGUGUUUUGAUCAGACAAAUCCAUUGAAAUUUGGGGUUUCUUGGUUUGUGUUCUUAGUUGUGGGUGUUGCAAUUCCUGUAUUGAUAAUUGAGCUCACCCAUUGCUUGGAUUGUGAAGAUUAUCAAGUCAAGGAUUUUGAGUAUGAGAUUCUUACCUCUCAUCUUAUUCUUGCUGGUGUUUCUUUGAUUUGUGUGGCAUACAAUAUUAAUAAAAAGGGGUUUCGAAAAUUCUUGUUUGUCGAUCGUUAUAGGGGGUAUACCGCCCGUUUCAAGGAUCAAUAUAUCAAAAAGAUUGAGGGUUCAUAUCAACUGCUGUUACAGUCACUGAUUCCAUGUUGCAUCUUGAAGGCGCUUCAUGAGAUCAUGCGCAUGAUAUACGUGCAAAACCAUUCAUGGUGGUUGGCUUGUUUUAAUGCCACUGCUUUAGUAAUAUCUUGGACAUACCUGAGUGCAAUUUCACUGGCAGCCUGUAUUCUCUUUCAUGUAGCCUGCAAUUUGCAAGUCAUUCAUUUCAAUGAUUAUGCAAAACUCUUGGAAAGUGAAUCCAGCAUAAUGACUUUGAUGGAUGAGCACAUGCGGUUGAGGGGGUAUCUCUCCAAAAUCAGCCACAGAUUUCGAAUAUAUCUUAUCUUGAUCUUCCUAUUCGUCACUGCUAGCCUGUGUAUGACUCUUAUACAGAUCACUGGUAUUAACGGCAGAGUAACUUUCCUAAAUGGUGGAAAUUUUGCUGUAACUUCAAUUGUUCAAGUUGUUGAAACACUUCUUUGCUUGCAUGCUGGUACAAAGAUUUCCUCCAGAGCUCACGCAAUUGGUUCAGUGGCAUCUAGAUGGCAUGCGCUAGUAACUUGCAAGUCCCUUGAUGCAGGAAAACGAUCAAUGUCGAUGGGCUCAUUGACUUCAAAUUAUUCUGACAGUGAAUCGAAUUUACUAGAUGAAAAUGCAAUCAUCAGCCAUUCGCAAUUUGCUUCUGUUUCGUCAUAUAACAAGAGGCAAUCUUUUGUGAUGUAUUUGCAGACGAAUCCUGGAGGGCUCACAUUGUAUGGAUGGACAGUGGAUCGUUCGCUUUUGUCUACUAUAUUUGCUAUCGAGCUCUCACUAGUCCUUUUUGUAUUGGGUCAAACCAUUGUUUUCUCUUCCCCAUCAAAUGAUUGACUUUUCAUUCGUUACUAAAGUACACCAUGAAUCACUAUCAUCUCGUGUUCUGAAGUCGAAUUGCUUUUGCGUAGUUCAAACUUCAAAGGUCUCAUACCAACUUGGAAUCCCAGUUAAAGCAAAUGUCAUUUCAGAACUUUUUUUGUUCGCUUCCUGGGAUUCUUACUGCCAUUACGUGCUGUAUUUGGUGCACGAGGCGGAGCCACGUAAUUGUUGAUUAUAUGAGUGUAGCAUUCUAUUUUGUAUAUUCUUUUGUAAAUAAUAGUAAAAGCAUUAAAUUACUCUUCAUUUGUAACCUUAUACGAAGUAUGUAAACAGUGACAGUUUGUAUACAUGAAUGAAUGUGAAUAAACAUAAUCAUGAGUGCUGUUUGUGA